UGCAAGUGGGACCCUGCCCCCGGUAGCUAUACAUGUGUGUGUGUGUGUGUGUGUGUGUGUGUGUGUGUGUCACAGUGUGUACCAUUCACCAAAGCACAUGCAUGGGGCUAGGAUUUUUAUUUAUAUUUAAAUUUAUAUGUUUUAUAGAUCUUCGGUUGUCUUCGCCCACAGAGCUCGUCCUGGAUUGGACAGGGGGAAGUAACUGAUGCAUGCCAGUGCAUGCAGACGCCACGCCACAACGCCACAACGCCUCAAUGCCACCUUGCUGCUCCGCUGCUGAUUGAAGUCAGACAGUCAGUACCAUUUCGACCCCCAGAAGGUCAAAGAGAAGAGCAAACCGGCCGGGUUAGCAGCUGCGGGAAGUCGGAGAGUUUGAAGAAAGAGAAACAUGGAGAUUCGGAGGAAGAAGUAGGGCGAACGUUUGUCUUCACCCUUGGAGGGAUUGUUUCUAUUUAUAGCAUCAAACUUGGCUAUCUAUCCCCAAGGGGUCCGGAGCGGCAAAGUGGUUUGGGUCAUCAUGGGGUGGGGGGACCACCACCGGGUUGUUUGGGGCGCCUCUGCACCCGGGAAAGUGCUCCUCUUUGGGGAGCAUGCUGUCGUAUAUGGGAUGACGGCGGUAGCAGCAAGCAUCAAUUUACGGACCACUGUCGUUGCUUCUAUCUCUAACAAAAAUGAGAAGGAAACCAUGGAUGACAUCGUGGACCCUUAUUCCGUCGCCGCCGAGUCCGAGAAGAGCAUAUCUCUGCACCUUGCAGACUUAGAAGUCCGUCUCACGUGGCCGAUCCGCGAGAUCAUCGCAGCUAUGGGUAUGUGGGGGACUCCAGAGCGGCUAUGGUGGAGUCCUGAGCAGAGUGGUAUGGGUGCCCCUGCCAAGGUGGUGGCUUGCGACGACCUCCUGCUUGGAAUUCUGCACGAGCUGGUGCAGGACCAACUGCCGGCGGAAUUACAGAACGACCAUGCGCUGUUGACUUGUGCGUCGGUCUUCCUCCACCUCUAUCUGCACAUCCUAGGCUGCAGGGAGGGAGAGGUAAGAGUGACCUCGCAGCUGCCGACCGGAGCAGGUCUGGGGUCUUCGGCAUCCUUCUGCGUCGCGCUCUCGGGAGCGUUGUUGGCGCCCUGUGGCAUCUUGGAAAGUGCAGAUCAGUCACAAGUCCAGAGGGAGGAGAGCACCUCUGAGGGAGGACAGGAAAUGCACAAGCUUUGGGACCCUGCACUAACCCUGGUUAACCGAUGGGCCUUUGAGGGGGAAAAGGUUAUCCAUGGGAAGCCAUCAGGUGUUGACAACAACAUUUGCAGCAGAGGCGGGAUGCUCGGGUUCCGACAAGGAGAGAUAAUGUGGCAGGUCGGCGGUCAGGAAGCAGGGCAGCAGCUACCGGGUUCGAUCUUAGUCACGAACACCGGUGUCGGGCGGAAUACCUCGGCCAUGGUGGCGGCAUUGCGGAGCCGGAUCGCGCGACACCCGCGAGUGAUGGAGGAAAUUCUUGAAGCUGCGAAUGCGAUCUCGGCGGAAUUUAUGAACCUUGUAGGAGCUUACAAAAGAGAGGGUGAGGGUGCCAAAGACGGAGCGAAGGGGGAGGAGCAGGAGGAGGAGGAGGAGGAGGAGGAGGGUAAAGAGGGGAAGCAGGGCCUGUUAUCGGCAGCGGAGAUGGAGGUCUGUGCAGAGGAGCAAGAUCUGCGCCGUCGAUUACCUGAACUGAUAGAGAUCAACCAGAAGUUGCUAGAGUGCAUGGGAGUCAGCCAUCCAACCAUAGAGGAAGUUUGUCGAAUCACGGCAAAAUUCGGGCUCGCAUCGAAGUUAACGGGGGCCGGCGGAGGCGGAUGCGUGCUCUCUUGGCUACCAUCAGACAUCUCAUGUGACCUUCUUGAAAGCAUCAAGGCAGAGCUCCACGCCAGUGGCUUUCGGUGCUUUCAAACCGUAUUUGGAGGCGAAGGUCUCCAGUUAUGGCGAGGUGUCGACUGAGCACAGGUGUCACAGAGAAUUCCCCAGUGAGACAUAGACGAAACGGAGAAAAGGGCAAGCAACAGGGGGGGGGCUCUGCACAGGCUAUACGCAGAAGAAGCCAGAAAUA